AUGAAUUGCUCAAAGUGUCAUGAAGAAUUGAAUGUUUAUAAGUUUUGCUCUACCUGUGAUCUUCCUCCAAGGACAAGUAAAAAUAAAAAAAUUGAUAAAAUUAUUAAAGAGGCUCAACCUUUCCUCGAGUGGAUUGAGUAUGAAGAAUUUAAUGGAAUAGAAUUAAUUGCUGAAGGAGGUUUUGGCAGCGUAUCAAAAGCAAUUUGGAGUUCGGGUUAUGUAAUUAAUUUCAAUAAAGAUCAAAGAAAAUUUAUUCGAUCAGGACCAAGUCUUGUUGCACUAAAGAUGAUAUUCAAUUCAAGUAAUGCAAAUUCUAAUACAAUUCAAGAAGUAAGUGGAUAUUGA